UCGUUUUCACUUUCCUUUUCGGACCAGAUCACUGAGAAUCCCUUCAUUCUCGUUUAUCUUUUGAACUUCCUCGGUCAACUUUUUUACUUUCUUUUUCUAUUUCAAAUUCAGAUCAGUCUCUUCUCCUCAAUUUCUUGCAGGAUGACACAAAGGAUAGGGGAGUUCGCGUGAUGAAACUUGGAUUCAGAGAGAAAUGGGGUGUGUGAUUAGCAGGGAGGUUUCUUCUGGAAUAAUCGCAGAGGUGAAAGAGGAGAAGAGUUUCGGUGCUGAUUCUAAGAGUAAUAAUAAGGUUGAUGGAGACGCGGUAGAGGUUCAGAAUCAGAAUCGGAAUCACAAUGGUGGUAACCACCACAAGGAAGAGAAGAGUGGCAGCGAAGUUCAGAAGCCGAGGGGAGAAAGGAGAAGAUCGAAGAAACCGAAUCCGCGGCUAAGCAAUCCUCCCAAGCAUUUAAGGGGUGAGCAGGUUGCGGCUGGCUGGCCACCCUGGCUCACCGCCGUGUGCGGCGAAGCGCUUAACGGCUGGAUUCCCCGAAAGGCUGACACAUUUGAGAAGAUUGAUAAGAUCGGGCAAGGAACAUAUAGUAAUGUGUACAAAGCUAAAGACAUGAUGACAGGCAAAAUUGUUGCUCUAAAGAAGGUUCGAUUUGAUAAUUUGGAACCUGAGAGUGUAAAAUUCAUGGCUAGAGAGAUUCUUAUUUUGCGGAGAUUGGAUCAUCCAAAUGUUGUAAAGUUGCAAGGCUUAGUUACAUCAAGGAUGUCCUGCAGUCUGUAUUUGGUGUUUGAUUACAUGGUGCAUGAUUUAGCUGGACUUGUUGCGAGCCCACGAAUCAGGUUCACGGAACCUCAGGUCAAAUGUUACAUGCAUCAACUGCUAUAAAAAUCAAAUCUUCUCAUUGACAAUGAAGGAAUACUUAAGAUUGCUGACUUUGGACUGGCAUCUUUGUUCGAUCCAAACCAUAAGCAUCCCAUGACUAGUCGAGUGGUAACUCUUUGGUACCGGCCCCCAGAAUUGCUUCUUGGUGCCACCGAUUAUGGUGUGGGUAUAGACCUAUGGAGCGCCGGAUGCAUUUUAGGAGAGUUAUUGGCUGGAAAGCCAAUUAUGCCGGGUCGUACAGAGGUGGAGCAACUGCAUAAGAUAUACAAACUAUGUGGUUCACCUUCUGAUGAAUAUUGGAAGAAGUCGAAGUUGCCCAACGCCACCUUGUUUAAGCCUCGAGAGCCAUACAAGAGAUGCCUAAGAGAGACAUUUAAAGAUUUUCCACCUUCUGCACUACCCCUUAUAGAAAGUCUUCUGGCAUUUGAUCCUGCCGAACGGAAAACUGCCUCAGAUGCUUUGCGAAGUGAGUUCUUCACCACAGAGCCAUAUGCUUGUGAUCCUUCAAGUCUUCCAAAAUAUCCUCCAAGCAAGGAAAUGGAUGCUAGACGGCAGGACGAAGAGGCCAGAAGAAUAAGGGCUGCAAGCAAAGCUCAGGCUAAUGGUCCAAGGAAGCAUCGCAUGCGUGAUCGUGCCGUGAAAGCUAUUCCUGCUCCUGAAGCCAAUGCUGAGAUUCAAUCCAACAUUGAUAGAAGGCGUCUAAUAACUCAUGCAAAUGCUAAGAGCAAGAGUGAAAAGUUCCCACCGCCACAUCAAGAUGGACAACUUGGAUUUCCAUUGGGAUCUUCCCAUCGUAUUGAUCCAGAUACUGUUCCUAUUGAUGUCUCCUUCACUUCAACAACGUCGUAUAUUUAUUCAAAGGAACCAUUCCAAGCGUGGUCAGGUCCCAUAGGUAAUGCUGCUGCUGAAAUUGGAGUGCCAAAAAACAAGAGACACACCGCAACUGAUGCAUUGGAUUUAUCAAAACCACAUAAAGGUUCACACAAGGAUAAAGUUAAAGGAAAGAAAACCAUAGCUUAGAUUUUGAUAACAUUCAUAUAGAGUCAAAUUAAGAAUAUAUACUUCUGCUGAGUAAUGGCUAUUAUUAUAUUAGUUUCUUUUUUUCUUAAAAAAAAUUGUUUUCGUUAAGAUGAAUGCUCUUUCUUUUUUCCCCUCCUUUGUUUAUGGUGAGAGAAUUACCAUGAUGUACAUCGUAAAUUUCAUUUCAAAAGAAGUCCCUUUUGUUAAUA